AUGGUCGCAGCACGCAAGCAGCGACAAGUGCAGAAAGCGCAGGAGCAAGCCAUCUCCAAAGCGCUCGCCGAGCCCAAACCUAGCACCAGCCACGUAUCCUUCGGCGAUGAUGACGACAGCAAGACACAAGAGGCAGCUUCUAGCUUGAAUGUUCAAACCGCAGCUCAUAAAUUCGAGGCUUCAGAUGACGGUGGUGAAGAUGAUGAUGCACCUGUCGAAGUUGUAAGCAACAAGACUUCCAAAAAGCAGGUUUCGCAAGACUCGGCAAGGGCGAAGGCACAGGAGAAAGCUGAGAAAGCUAAGCGUCAGGCCGCAGAGCAAAAAAGGCUGAAGAAGCAAAAGGAGAAGGAGGCUGCUACCGCAAAGGAGCUGCAGCCGUCAAACGUGAGAGAGGAGGCAGAAGAGCAGAUAGAUCAACCCCUCAGCCAAGGCGGGAGUGACAGCGAGGAGGACGAAGCAAGCUCGACGACUCGUCUUGACCCCUCGCUCUUUGCCGAAGUCUUUGCUCAACCUGUUUCGGCACCUAAGUCCAUCCUGAAGAAAAGGUCGGCAGAGGAACGCGCAGAUGAAGUCGCCAAGCUGCAAAGAGAAAGGAAACAGAGGCGAAAGGAGCAAAGAGCAGGUGGUGUGGUUAAGGGCAGAGACGGACUGCCUAUGAAGAGGGCUGAGGACGGCACCAUUCUUCGCGCGCUCACCACUUCCAACAGGCCAUCUGCAAGGUCUUCAAGCCACAAGACUAGCUUCGACGACGAGGACGAAGAGCAACCGGAUGAGCCACUCGAUGAAGUCGUCCGACCCACGCAACUCGACCGAUCAGCUUCGCUGCCUAAUGCCAAAGCAAGAGCGUUCUUGAAGCGCGCUCUCGAAAAGAAGAAGGGUGGCUUUAAGUCGGCAACAUCUGCGAAAGGCGCCAGCGCAGCGAAGAAGCAGAAGAACCAAGACGAUCCUCUUGGACUCAACGAUCCCGCGUUCUUGCCUGGCGGAGAGUUCUACCAUUUGGUCAACAAAGGCGACAAGGCCAAGGCUGCUAAGCAGGGACACAAAGACUCAGCAGCUUCCGCACGUCAAGCUUUCCGUGGAGGCGGAGUUCGCAAGGAUGCUGUGUCUGUCUUGCGCGCCCGAAGCAGAGGUGGUCCUUCUCUGGGCUUUGCUCGAAGCCAGGAAGGUUCAGACGAUGAUUACUGA